CCUACGACUCGUGCUGCUGGGCAAUCCCAUCGUGAGACCGCUACGCAGCAUUUCUCUUCACCGCACCACCCGCCCAUCGCGAGACCGAACUGCGAGGAGCACACAACACCCGCCCACCAUGUCGUCUGAUCAAGCCGCCGCCGCGGCCCCCCAGGCGGCUGAGGCCCAGAGCCUCCCGUCGCGACCCGCCAAGCAGCCCAAGGAGAAGGCUCCCAAGGAGAAGGCUCCCAAGGGUGGCAAGAGCGCAGGCCUCGAGGUUGGUGGCAGACAGAUUCCCCCGCGCAGCGAACAAAAACUUGUGCAAUGGCCAUUGCGCUGACGCCAUAAACAGCUUCCCACGCUCCCCGAGUUCAUCCAGCACCGACUCGACAUCUUUGACAAGAUCAAGGCCCGACAAGAUGCCGAGAUUGCUGGUGCGAAUCCCCCACCCCCCCUCCUUUCUCCCCCUCUGUCGACGACCGACCCCGCGUCGUACAAUGGCCACAGUCGUUGACUCACGGCGACUACAGCCAAGCCCCGCGAGGAAAUCACCAUUUCCUUAUCCGAUGGCAAGGAGGUAAAGGGCACGUCGUGGGAGACGACGCCCGCGGACGUCGCCAAGGGCAUCGCCAAGUCGCUGCUCGAGCGCACCGUCAUCUCUCGGGUCGACGGCGAGCUCUGGGACCUCACGCGGCCCCUCGAGAAGAGCUGCAAGCUCGAGCUCAUCACCUUUGACGACAUUGAGGGCAAGAAGGUCUUCUGGCACUCGUCUGCCCACAUUCUCGGUGAGGCCUGCGAGCGCCGAUUCGGCUGCUACCUCUGCAACGGCCCGCCCACGGAGGACCCCCCGGGCUUCUACUAUGACAUGGCCAACAUGGAAGGGUGAGAGAGGGCCUGCGCCAGACUGCCGCAAUUGGAAGUGCAAUUGAAUUGCGGACGCUAAUCUCUGGCCACUCCACAGCGCCGCCGUCUCCGACGAGGACAAGAAGGCCCUCGAGACCCUGUCCUCCUCCAUCAUCAAGGAGAAGCAGCCUUUCGUCCGCCUCGAGAUGACCAAGGACGAGCUUCUCGAGAUGUUCCGAUACAGCAAGUACAAGGAGUACUUCAUCAACCAGCGCGUGCCGGACGGCACCAAGAGCACGGUCUACCGAUGCGGCCCCCUCAUCGACUUGUGCAGAGGGCCGCACGUGCCACACACGGGCAACAUCAAGGCGUUUUCCGUCCUGAGAAAUUCCGCCGCGUACUGGCUUGGUGACAGCAAGAACGAGUCCGUCCAAAGAAUUGCCGGCAUCUCGUUCCCCGACAAGAAGCAGCUCGAGGAGUACAAGACGUUCCUGGCCGAGGCUGCCAAGCGCAACCACCGCAAGAUUGGCCAGGACCAGAAGCUCUUCUUCUGGGACGAAAUGUCGCCCGGCUCCACGUUCUGGCUGCCCCACGGCACGAGAAUCUUCAACGCCCUCAUGGAUCUCGUCAAGGGCGAGUACAAGACGCGUGGCUUCGUCGAGGUCAUGACCCCCAACAUGUACAAGGCCGACCUCUGGAAGACGUCUGGCCACUGGGCCCACUACGAGGAGAACAUGUUCACCUUCGAGGUCGAAAAGGAGAAGUUUGGCCUCAAGCCCAUGAACUGCCCCGGCCACUGUAAGAUCUUUGCCCACUCGGACGUCACGUACAAGGAAUUGCCCUGGCGAAUGGCCGAUUUUGGCGUGCUGCAUCGCAACGAGUUUUCGGGUGCUUUGACGGGCCUCACGCGUGUGCGACGAUUCCAGCAGGAUGACGCUCACAUCUUCUGCACGAUCGACCAGAUUCGUAAGGAAAUCGAGGGUGCCUUCGACUUCUUGUACGCCGUUUACGGCCUGUUUGGAUUCCAGUUCAAGCUCAAGCUGUCCACGCGCCCUGAAAAGUACAUUGGCGAGAUUUCUCUGUGGGAUUUGGCGGAGAAGAAGCUCGAGGAGGCCCUCAAGUCUUUCACGGAGCGCAUCGGCGCCCAGUGGGAGCUCAACCCCGGCGACGGUGCCUUUUACGGUCCCAAGAUCGACAUCACCGUCUACGAUGCGCUGAAGCGAGACCACCAGUGUGGCACGAUCCAGCUAGACUUCAUGCAGCCUCAACGAUUCAAGCUCCGCUACGUCGCAGCCAAGGACGACAGCGGUGCUGCCACGAACAACGACGACCCAGAGCUGCCCGUCGGCUACGCGCGCCCCGUCAUGAUCCACCGAGCGGUGCUGGGCAGCUUCGAGCGCAUGAUCGGCAUCCUGACGGAGCACUUUGCCGGCAAGUGGCCCUUUUGGCUGAGCCCACGCCAGGUGCUCGUUGUCCCUGUCAUGCCCGCUGUCAACGACUAUGCACAGGAGGUGCAGAAGCUGUUCCACGACAGCGGCCUUUUCGCCGACGUCGACCUGAGCAGCAACACGUUCCAGAAGAAGAUCCGCACGGGCCAACUGGAGCAGUACAACUUCAUUUUCGUCGUCGGCGCCCAGGAGGCCGAGUCGCGCACGGUCAAUAUCCGCAACCGCGACGACCAGAGCACGCAGAGCAAGGGCGAGCUGAUCCCGGUGCAACAAGCGCUGGACCACCUGCUCAAGCUCAAGGUGGAGAGGAGACUCGAGAACAAGUACUAGACGGGCCCUAGUCGGUCGGUCGACUGGAGGGCGAACACGUGAAUGGUCAUGCCAAAGCGGAGUUGAGAGAGGAGCGAAAUGAUGAAAUGUAUGGACUGCAGUAACUAGAGUAGAUCAUCAUUCGAGAGGCAAAUCUUGACGGUGUCCUUUCUUUUUCGGUUUACACGAUGACGACGGAGUGUGUUGGUGGUGUGAUGGUCGUGGGGGUGGUGGGGGUUGGUUUGGUCAAGAUGGCGCUGCUGCAAGGGGACGGGUGACAGCUGUCAUGUAGAAAAAGACUGACAUGCAGAAUUGGGCAAGGACGGGGAAAGAAAGAAGAAAAGAAAGAGAGCAGGGGGGAAGGGGGUGGGGGGAGGGUUACCUCGUACAAGGAAGGGCAAAGAGACAGCGCCGACGGACCUACCUUGUCCUUGUCCGCGGACAAGGCGCAUUUCGGAAGCAACAAGAAGAAGAAGAAGGAAAGAAAAGAAAAGAAGCAGGAGUGAAGUUAAUAAAAAAGCAACAACCAUUGCCGAGGUCACGAAG